AUGAUAUCGGAAUUCGUAGAUAAAAUUAUUGUGGAUGAUAUCUUACCUUAUAAUAAAGAAGCAAAACACGAAAAACCAUGGUACGAAAAAGCUCUGCUGAAGGAUGUCCCGCAUCAAUAUCGUAAAUUGAGACUUCCGGAUGGUAAGCCAGUGGACAAUGUGCUAGAUGCUAUCGGAGGGACACCGUUAGUGAAGCUGAACAGAAUACCGCAGUCUAUGGGUAUUGAAUGUAAUGUGUAUGCCAAAAUGGAAUUCUUAAAUCCAGGUGGUUCCAUCAAAGAUAGAGUUGCAGAGCGAAUGGUUGACAUAGCGGAACGAACUAAAAUCUUAAAACCGGGCAUGACGUUGAUUGAGCCAUCAACCGGAAAUACAGGGAUUAGUUUAGCAAUGGUUGGAGCUGUUAAGGGUUACAAAUCUGUAAUUGUGGCCGAUAAAAUUAGCAUGGAAAAGACGAGUGUCAUCAACGAACUAGGUGGGAAAAUAAUCCAUACCCAAGAUAGUGUUCCAUACGAUUCACCAUUCUCUUAUUUUGGUGUGGCAUUCGAGAUGCGGCAAAAAGACAGAGACAAUUCUCUGGUGCUUGAUCAGUACCUCAAUCCGGCAAAUCCUAUCGCACAUUAUGAGAGCACCGCUGCGGAAAUAUUACAUGCACUGGAUAAAAAACUAGAUAUGAUUGUGAUUGGAGCAGGCACAGGCGGUACUAUAAGCGGAGUUGGACGACGUAUCAGAGAAGAAUGUGCUAAUGUCACGAUAGUUGGUGUAGAUUCGGAAGGUUCAGUAAUUAGUAGUACUGGAGAUGAAGAGAAGGCAGCAUUUGUUGAAGUGGAAGGUAUUGGCUGUCAUUUUGUACCACCUUUGCUUGAUUACAAUAUUGUUGACAAAUGGAUCAAAGUGAAUGAUGCGGAUACUUUCAAAAUGGCUCGUCGAUUGAUACGUGAGGAAGGCUUAUUGGUUGGCGGUAGUUCCGGUUCCACCAUGGUAGCUGCUAUGAAAGAAUGUCAAAAACUCAAGAAAGGACAGAACUGUGUUGUCAUUCUUCCCGAUGGAAUACGAAAUUAUAUGUCUAAGUUUUUGAACAAUGAAUGGAUGUUGAAACGAUGCUUCAUGGAACCAAUUCAACAAAUUCCUAUUAUGCCUAUUAAUAUUUUCAAAUGCUCGCUGAACGAAUCUUUGAAUUAUCGUCCGGACAAGAAAAUGAAGUGGAAAUGGAGCACGCUAGAUCCGAAAAAGAACGAAUGUCCUUUUCCAUUCAAGCCAUGGCGUACAGCACCAAAUAGAGUCAAUGGGGAAGCAGCGGAAAAUGUGAGAUACGAAAAGAAAAUGGUCAUUGAUAAUAUUCUGGAAGCGAUUGGUGAAACACCGUUGGUUCGCCUAAAUUAUAUACCAAAAAUGUUUGGUGUUAGAUGUCAAGUUUAUGUGAAAUGUGAUUAUCUGAAUCCUGGAGGAUCAAUAAAAGAUCGUAUUGCCUAUAGAAUGGUUGAAUUGGCUGAAGAGAUGGGCUACCUGAAACCUGGAAUGACAAUAAUUGAACCUUCUUCUGGAAAUACUGGGAUCGGCUUAGCACUAGUUGCUGCAGUCAAGGGUUACCAUUGCAUUAUCGUGAUGCCGGAAAAAAUGAGUCAGGAAAAGGAAAACAUUUUGCUGGCUUUGGGUGCUGAAGUAGUACGCACCCCAACGGAGGCAUCAUUUUCGGAUCUCAAGUCACAUAUCGGUGUCGCCUUUAGAUUACAGAAGGAACUUCCCAAUGCUAUUAUCCUGGAUCAGUACACAAACAUCGCUAACCCCUUGGAACAUUACGAUAAAACUGCGGAAGAAUUAUUAUACGCAUUGGAUGAUAAUUUGGAUGUGCUUGUAGCUGGUGCUGGAACAGGUGGUACUAUAAGUGGGGUCGGUCACAAACUCAAGGAAGUUUGUCCAAAGUGUAAGAUUGUUGGUGUUGAUCCUAUAGGCUCAAUUCUUUCUGAUCCAGAACAUAAUGAAGUCUCAUCCUAUGAGGUAGAAGGAAUUGGUUACGAUUUUAUUCCUACAGUGUUGGAUCGUGAUAUUAUUGAUUUGUGGAUGAGAAGCAAUGAUAAGGAUUCAUUCGAAACAUCUCGUUUAUUAGCCAAACACGAAGGUUUGCUAUGCGGUGGCAGUGCAGGAGCUAAUGUUUUCUGCGCUAUGCAGGUUGCCAAAGAGUUAACUGAAAAUCAAAAAUGUGUUGUCAUAUUGCCAGAUGGAAUCACUAAUUAUAUGACGAAGUUUGUGAAUGACGAAUGGAUGAAGUGCCGUUUAUUCCGCACAUGA